AUGGAAGCAUUUCGUCGUAUUCAAAAUAUAAAUAAUAAUAAUAAAGGUAUACCUGAAUUUAAUGAAGAUGCAGGUGCUGAUAUAUCUGAAUUAACAAGUGGUACAAAUGUAUCAUUUGAUGAUAUUACUCAUAUAAGAAAUAAAGGUAUUUAUAAUUCAAGUUCAAAUUUAGAUACUGCACCAAUAAUACCAACUUUAGGAUCUAUUGGAAGUGCAUCUUCAUUUAAUAAUAUAAAUCCAUCAAAAUUAAAUAAUGUUCAAUAUAGAAAACAAAUGAAUCAACAAAAGAAAAUGGCAAUGCUUAAUGGAGCAAGAGCAAAUUCAUUAGCAACAAAUAAUAUGAAUGGUAAUAAUAAUCCAAUGUUUCAAGGUGGAAAUAAUAAUAUGAGAGCAAAUUCUUUAGCUACAGGAGCUGGAAAUCCAAUGCUUUAUAGUAAUAAUAAUAGUUUGAAUAGUAUGAAUAAUUUAAGAUCUAAUUCAUUAGCAACAGAUAUUGGUAAUCCAAUGAUGCAACAACAACAACAACAACAACAACAUUAUCAAUUUUCACAACAAGAUUUGGGUAUGGAACCAAGAUCAAUGUCAAUGGCAGGAAAUAAUCCAAGAGGUAUGCAAAUGCAAGGAGGAUAUCCUAGAACUAUGUCAUUAAAUCCUCAAGGUCAAAACGGUAUGAACCCUUAUCAACAACAACAACAGCAACAGAACUUUCAACAACAAAGACAACCACAGCCUCAACCAAAUCAAAAUUAUUAUAAUCAAAAUCAAAAUCAAAUGCUGAAUGGAGCUCCAAGAACAAUGUCAUUAAUGGGACUUGGACCAGGUGGAAUACCUGGAAAUCAAAAUUAUCCAAGAACUAAAUCAUUAGGCGGAGGGGCUACUUUGAAUCAAUUUCAACAACAAGCACCACCAAGUCAACAACAACCACAGCAAUAUCAACAAGGUCCUCCACUACAAAAUCAAAUGUAUUCUCAAAAUUCACAACUCCCUCAAAGACAAAACCAACAAUUUAAUAGAGGCAAUCAGCUACCGAGUCAACAAAUGCUGCAUCAACAACAACCAUAUCAACCAAACCAGCAAUAUCCUCCAUAUCAGUCAAAUCAACAACAAUUCCAGCAACAACCACCACCACCACAACAGAAUUAUCAACAGUUUCAACAACAACCUACUGGUUCACAUCAACAAAUACCCAAUAAUCAGUACAUGCAAAAUAAUAUGAAUCAAUUUGUACCACCAGCGCAACCUCAAUAUACAACUCAACAAAAGAAUUCAUCAGAUUCAUUAAACGAUGUAAUUGAAGAAGACGAAUCACCACAUCAUGAACCAGAUGAGCAAGAUGUCAUAUAUAAAUUUGAUGAAGAAGAUAAUAAGGGAAUACAAAUAUCUAGAAAAUCAACAUUAAAGAAGAAUAAUUCAACUAGAGUUAGGAAACUAAAUUUAUUCAAUGAUAAUUCAAAUGAUAAUGAUUCUGAUGCUAAAAGUACUACCACAUUAAGAAGAAAGAAACCUCCAAUUAGUCCAUAUGAAGAGCACUUUAACAAUUCAUCACAGGAACACUUUAAAGUGAAAUCAAAUGAUCCAAAGUUAUCAUCAUUUGAAGAAGAAGAAAAAGAGCUUCCAAACACUCCACCAGAUGAAGAUGAUGAAACAAUACGAGAAAAUGACAGCGUUACAACUUACGAAAAGGCUCAACAAAGACAACACCAACAACCUCAUCCAAUUUAUAAACAACCAGGAAGAAAUACACUGGAAAGUCAUUCAAUCAAAAACUUAGUUGCAAACACUGCAUUCAAUAAUUUUAGAUCUCCAUCAAUUACAAAUAAUUCAAAUUUUGCAGGUCCUGGAUUAAUGAAAACUGAUUCCCCAACAUCAUAUUAUGAAGCAAGUCAAUCACCUUUACCGUUACCAGUAGAUAAUAAUUCAGAUACCGAUGAAAGUGAAUUUAGAAAGCAAGAUCAUCCGUUCUAUCCAAAUGAAAAUAAUGAAAAUAAUGGGAAUACGACUCCACCAACUGCUUCAACUUCAAAUAUUUCUCAACAUAAAGAUAUUUUUGGGGGCUAUAACAAUAAUAACACAAUACCAAAUCUUAAUUUCAACGAUAAUGAAGAUGCAAAUGACACAACAUAUAACAUCCCAGCAGAUAUAACAGAACCAAUUCAAGAUAUUCCUGAAGAACAAAGGCAAGCUGAACAAAAUAGAGGUGAAUUUAUUCCAAUAGCAAGUACACACGAAAACCCAACAAUUCCUUCAAGAACUCCUACUUCAUCAUCAUUAACGAGUGGCGAUAUAUCAAGACCAAAUGCCCCUGAUCAUAGAUCCACUAGUGAAUCAACUUCAUCCAUGCCCGUAUUACCAAAAGUCUUAUCUUCAGCAUCUUUGUCAAGUCAACAACCCAGUAAAAAGGAGAAAAGAUCAUCAUUUUCUGGUAAAAACUUCUUAAAAAGAUUAUCUAAAUCUAAAAGAUCGAGUGUUAGUAAUGAAGAUGAAAUACCAAUAUCAUCAGCAGCAUCAAGUAGAAGAGCUUCAUUGAAUCAAAGAAUUCCAUCAUCAAGUACCAUUGCAUCAAUAUCAAAUGAAAACAAUAAACAAUACAAAUCAACUCAACAAACACCUCCACAACAACCUUUAACUUUCACAAAGGAAGAAAUGCAUAUAAUGAAUUGUAAUAGUGAACUAUUAAAUGAACUAGAAUUAAUAACAAAAGAAUUAGCAUCAUCAAUCAAGAGAGAAUUAUCAUUAGAAAAUAAAUUGAGUCAACAAAAUGGUUACAAUCUAGAUGGUAAAUUAUCUCCAAUAAAUACAAAUAAUUUACAAAUUGAAAAUUUGGAGAAAUCUCAAAAAAUUGUUGAAUUACAAGAAAAAUUAAAUAAAGAAAAAAGAUUAAGAUUUAUAAGUGAACAACAUGCAUUAUUACAGGAAAAUGGUUUAACUCCAAGUCCAUUAAAAUUAAAUUAUGAAAAAACUGAAAUAUAUAAUCAAUUACUUUUGAAAAAUGAUGAAGUAAAUCAAUUAAAUUUAAAAAUUAAAGAUAUGGAAUUAACUCAGAAAGAAAAUCAAUCACAACAACUUCAACCACAACAACAACAAAAUCAAGAUUUCGAUAAUAAUUUAAUUGAAAAAUUCCAAAUUUUAAAAUUUGAUAAUGAAGAAUUAAAAAAUCAAUCUUCUCAAUUAAAUGAGGAAAUUGUAAUAAUAAAGCAACAAAGAGAUGAAUUGAGAGAUGUUAUCAACAAGUUAUCAAAUCAAAAUUAUCAAGAUACAAAAAUUUUAAACGACAAAAUUAAAAAUUUGGAGUUGAAGAUUACUAAUUUGAAAAAUCUCAACUCCAAAUUAUCAAAUAGAUAG